UUUCGUUUGUCCGUCACCAUGACUUGUAAUCCGAUUGAUAGUUAUUAUUAUCAUCGUCGCUGUUGCUCGGUACAAUAAAUUCUUUUGAAUGUUGCUUAAUGCAUAAUAAGCAAUUAAAUAAAUAAAUAAAUUAUAAAUUAUUAAUUAUAUAAAUAAAUAUGUAUUAAAUUAGUUUAAUACAUAAUACGCGUACGCUUCUGCAGCUCAGUCGUUCAGUGUAUUAUAAUCGUAAUACAUCGUUAUUACGUGUUUACAUGUAACAGACUGUAGUGGAUUCCAAUUGUCGAGAUGAAUGUCAAGAAGAAGAUAUUACCAGUGAUAUGCUUUAUGUCCGCGUACGUGCACUGGAUCAAGCCUCGUCUGCUGUCCGUCUCCGCGUCUAAGGGUGGCAAGUCGCUGUUGUUGAACCUUUGCGGCCGUUCCAGGUACUUCAUACCCAUGAUAGUGAUGACUGCGUUUUGGCUAUUUGACGCACAGAUGCAGAUCGAAGCUUCCGUGAGUUUUACGGUCAGGCGCAACAUGCCGAUAAACAUUGAUACACCUGAAGAUGAACUCGAAGUAGAUGAUGAUGAUGUGGACGGCAAUGAUGAUGCUGAUGAUGACACUGAUGAAUUGUUUACUAUUGAUUCAUAUUCAGACAUUUCUUCCUCUUCUGAUGUCAGCGUGGUUGGAUUGGAAGACAUGCACAUAGCAUUACAUGAGUUUGUCAAUGGUGAGGGAACUCAAAGGUUUGCUUUUAGUUAUAGGUAUUGACAUGACAUUCCGUUCAUAGCGAUCAUCAUGAACAAUAGAAACUACACUAAGCGAGUUGAAGAAAAGAACAGUUUUUUGCCAUUCAAAAGAAUGGAGAAGAUGUAUUUUAAAAAGCCAUAAAUUAAAUACUCUAAAUGUAAUAUAUUUUGUUUAUGUUUAAUAAGGUACUAAAAUACCGUAUUUUUAGAGUUUACAUAAACUGCGUAUAUACGCGUGUAUAUGGUUGUGUGUAUAUUCAUAUAUUUGACUGUUAUUGUCACGAUUUAUACUCAAUGUUUAUAUUUUAUACUUACGUAUUAUAUAUUAAAUGUUUAGUAACCAAUUUGAACCACAUAUUAUACCGGUGGUCUCGUUUACGAUGUUUAAGAAUUACCUUACUUUAGCUAAAAUACAAUAAUGAUUCGUGAAUACGAUGUGAUGAGAAAAUACUUGGAUUCCAUCUUUUUUUUUUGCGUCGUAAACUGCUUAUACAUCUCCGAGUUUAUUUCCAGAGUCGUGUGACAGACCAUGACGAUAUAUUCAUAUUAUUUUUUUCAUUCGAAAUUACAAUAAGUGUAAUGUAGGUAUAAUAGAUAUACACACAUAUUA